AUGUUAAGAGCGUCUUUCAGCCAAUUGGCCCGUCGUGCCUAUACUAGCUCCGCGAAACCUUUGACCAUCGGUUUGAUUCCUGGUGACGGUAUCGGAAAAGAAGUUAUCCCAGCGGGUAAGUUGGUUCUGGAAAAUCUUUCCAGCAAGCACGGCUUGAAAUUUGACUUUGUGGACCUACAAGCUGGCUGGCAGACUUUCUUGGAUACCGGUAAAGCAUUGCCAGAUGAGACAAUUGAAAUUUUAAAGAACGACUGCCAAGGUGCCUUGUUUGGUGCUGUUCAAUCACCCACAAACAAAGUGGAAGGUUACUCGUCUCCCAUCGUGGCACUAAGAAAGCAAUUGGGUCUUUAUGCCAAUGUUCGUCCUGUCAAGUCUGUAAAGGGUACCAAAGAUAAACCUGUGGAUAUGGUGAUUGUUCGUGAAAAUACCGAGGACCUGUACAUCAAAACCGAGAGAUCGUACAUUGACGAAAAAACUGGCACUCGCGUUGCUGAAGCCAUCAAAAGAAUUUCAGAAACCGCCACCAGAAACAUUGCCAACAUCGCUUUAGAGAUUGCUUUGCAAAGACAGAAAAUAAACGGCAAAGCGACUUUGACCGUGACUCACAAAUCCAAUGUCUUGUCACAAAGUGACGGUUUGUUCAGAGAAGUUUGCAGAGAAGUUUACGAGGCUAACAAGGACAAAUACGGCGUUGUUAACUACAAUGAGCAGAUUGUUGACUCCAUGGUCUACAGAAUGUUCAGAGAGCCAGAAUGCUUCGAUGUUAUUGUCGCUCCAAACUUGUACGGUGACAUCUUGUCCGAUGGUGCUGCUGCUUUAGUUGGAUCUUUGGGUGUUGUUCCAAGUGCUAAUGUCGGUUUCGACUUUGUUGUCGGUGAACCAUGCCACGGAUCCGCUCCUGAUAUCGCUGGUAAAGGAAUUUCCAACCCUAUUGCUACAAUCAGAUCAACUGCCCUAUUGUUGGAGUUCAUGGGCCAUCCAGAAGCGGCACAGGACAUUCACAGAGCCGUGGAUGCCAAUUUACGUGAACAAUCCAUCAUGACCCCAGAUUUGGGUGGUAAGUCUUCUACUCAGCAGGUUGUUGACGAUGUCUUAUCUAAGAUGUAA